AAACAUCCUCUACCGUGAAGUCUCCUGAAAUCACCAUAAACAGGACUCCAGUUUUGAUCAACUAAUACAUUAAUCUCCUCGAAUGAGUGCAGGUGGAGCAUUUGGAGGGAACCGAGGUGCACGACCAGUGCCACCAGAAAAAGGAGUAUUUCCGUUGGACCAUAUGCAUUUAUGUGACCAGGAGAAGAAAGAAUAUAUAAGCUGUCUUAAAACAUCGGGGCAUAAAUCUGAGAUUUGCAGACAUCUUUCUAAGAAGUACCUCGAAUGCCGUAUGGAAAAGAAUUUGAUGGCGAAACAGGAUAUGUCAGAAUUAGGUUUUCGGACGGACGACAAGUCACAAGAGUCGAAUAUGAAAAUCCAAGAUGAAAUGGAGGGAUGAAUGAGAAUAUUUGGGUAUCAUAUCUUUGUGAAACUUAUUUGCAUAUAGCCAUGGCCAUGAUAAGCUUUGAGAGUUUUUCCUUUUGUUUCUUCUUUAAAAAAAAUUAUUUUUGGAUAAUUGAACAUACGAAACGAUCCUUUUUAGCAAAUAAAUUGAUUGCA